AUGAGGGCAAAAGACCAAGCUUCCCACAGUGCUGUGUUGGGACAGAGCAUCCGGAGGUUUACAACGUCUGUGCUCUGUAGGCACUACAAUGAGGAGGGUCCAGGGAAGAAUUUCCCAUUUUCAAUGGAAAGCAAGUGCUGGUUACUAGCUAUGAUGACUUUGUACUUUGGGUCUGGAUUUGCUGCACCUUUCUUUAUAGUAAGACACCAACUGCUUAAAAGAUAA